AAAAUACCCAAAUCCCCUCAACCUUCAGAUGAGCUACAUCCCACUAUCCUUUGCGAUGGGCUGAUAAGUGGAUCCAAGAUGGCGUAGAAAGUAAAGCUAGAUUCAAGAAGAAAGAUGACGAGUUCAACGACAUUCUGUCCCUGAGUCAUGGCAGACAGGAGAGCGGAGAAGUCAUGUGAAGAAGCCAGCGGAUUGUUAGCCAGGCGGGAGUACGAGGCGGCAGUGAGCCACUGCACAGAUGCGCUGCUGGCCCUCGCCCCUCCCAGCUCUGGACCCCCCGCAUCCAACGCCCCCAACGACACGGACCCCCUCCGCAGCCGCGCCCUGCUCUACAGGAUAGCCGCCCUGCUACAGCUGAAAAACUAUGAUCAAGCAGAUGAAGACUGCAAACAUGUUCUGGCUGAGGAGCUGGCCAAGGGAGACGGGUCGUUUCAGGCCAGCCUGCGCUGCAUGCUGUUGGACGGCAGCCUGCACGAAGUGGCCGGCCUCCUCUCCAAGUCCCUGUUUGGGGAGCCUCUGAACGGCAUCGUCACAAAGGACUUAACUAGAUUAAAAAUGCUUCUCUCAGAAAUUGAAGCCAUUCGUAGCGAGAUGGCCACAGAAUAUACAGACGACAACGAGGAAGAAGUACGGGAUGGAUGGCAGUUUCGCCCCCCGCCUAGAGGAGUCACCAGCAGUGAGGAGUACACGCUGUGUAAAAGGUUCCUGGAGCAGGGCCUGUGUCGCUACGGUGCCCAGUGCACGUCGGCCCACUCCCAGGAGGAGCUGAUGGAGUGGCAGAAGCGCUACGCCUCGCGCCUCAUCCGCCUCAAGCAGCAGCAGGAGAGCAAGCACUUCACCGAGAACUACAUGGAGGCGCUCAUUGAGAAGUGGAUGAACUCUCUCUCCCCUGAGAAAGUGCUGAGUGACUAUUUGGACGGCGUCAGCGUGGAACACAGCUCCAACCUCUCCGUAACGGUCACCACCAAGAAAUCAGCUCACUCCUGGACCUUCUCCCUGUUCUGCAAGCCUGUGAGGAAGCUGUACCGCAUCGCCCUGCUCUACGACGCCCACCGACCCCACUUUUCCAUCACGGGCGUGUCUGUUGGCGAUGCCGGCGCCCAGCGGCUGCAGGCGGCGGCCGAGGGCUGCCAGGAGUGGACGGCGGGCGAGGAGGCGCUGGCGGCCAACAACGGCAUGGACCACUGCGUCUACACGGUGGUGGUGGGCUUCAGCACCGAGAUCUUCGGCACCUUCCGCCAGACCAUCGUCUUCGACUUUGGCUCGGAGCCCGUGCUGAUGCAGCGCAUCAUGGUGGACGCAGCCUCCAUAGAAGACCUGGAGCACCUAAUGCAAGCCAGGCAGCAGCUCCUGAUGACAGCCAAGCGCUGGGACCCGUCCUGCAAGACCAUCGUGGAGUUCAGCCCCAACGAGACGGUGGACCUGGACCGCAGCCUGCUGGCCCGCUACCAGAUCCCCCUGUCGGCCGACCAGCUCUUCACGCAGUCGGUGCUGGACAAGACCCUGACCCGGGACAACUACCAGGCCCGCCUGCACGACCUGCUCUACAUCGAGGAGAUCGCCCAGUACAAAGAAGUCAGCAAGUUCAACAUCAAAGUCAACCUCCAGCUGGUCACCAGCUUCAUGCUGACGGGCAUCUCGGGUGGCGCCAAGUACGCCCAGAACGGGCAGCUCUUCGCCCGCUUCAAGCUGACUGAGACUCUGUCGGAGGACACGCUAGCGGGCCGCCUUGUCAUGACCAAGGUGAACUCUGUCUUGCUGCUGCCCCUGGCCCGCCAGGAGUGGUGCAGCCAGCCCCCGGGGGUCAAGGAGCGGGUCUACGAGGCCUGCAUUGAAGAGAAGACCAAGGACUACAUCUUCCUGCGGAUAUGCAAGGACUGCUGCGAGGAGCUGGGCUUGAUACCUGAUAGGGAACUGCAGGUGGAGCUGCAGUUUCAGUUGAACCGCCUGCCCCUGUGUGAGAUGCACUAUGCUCUGGACCGCAUCAAAGACAACGGCAUCCUGUUCCCAGACACCAGCCUUACCCCCACCAUUCCCUGGAGCCCCAACAGGCAGUGGGACGAACAGCUGGACCCGCGUCUCAACGCCAAGCAGAAGGAGGCCAUCCUGGCCAUCACCACGCCUCUAACCAUCCCCCUGCCCCCUGUGCUCAUCAUCGGGCCCUACGGCACGGGCAAGACCUUCACCCUGGCACAGGCCGUCAAGCACAUCCUCAAGCAGGACGACAGCAGGGUUCUCAUUUGCACCCAUUCCAACAGUGCAGCUGACCUGUACAUAAAGGACUACCUUCAUCCGUACGUAGAAGCGGGGAACGCGCACGCAAGACCUCUCAGGGUAUACUUCAGGAACCGCUGGGUGAAGACUGUCCACCCGUUGGUGCAGCAGUACUGUUUGAUCUCUAACACACAGUACACUUUCCAGAUGCCCGAGAGAGAGGACAUCCUCCGGCACCGCGUGGUGGUGGUCACCCUCAGCACCUCCCAGUACCUCUGCCAGCUGGACCUGGAGCCAGGGCUCUUCUCUCACAUCCUAUUGGACGAGGCGGCCCAGGCCAUGGAGUGUGAGACCAUCAUGCCUUUCGCGCUGGCCAGCAAAAGCACCCGCAUCGUGCUGGCUGGAGACCACAUGCAGCUCAGUCCGUUUGUGUACAGCGAGUUUUCUCGAGAGCGGAACCUGCAUGUGUCGCUGUUGGACCGGCUGUACGAGCACUACCCAGCCGAGUUCCCCUGCCGCAUCCUGCUCUGUGAAAACUACCGCUCCCACGAAGCGAUCAUCAGCUACACGUCAGAACUGUUCUACGACGGGAAGCUGAUGGCCAGCGGGAAGCAGCCGUCUCACAAGGACUUCUACCCGCUGACCUUCUUCACGGCGCGCGGCGAGGACGUCCAGGAGAAGAACAGCACGGCCUACUACAACAACGCAGAGGUGUUUGAGAUCGUGGAGCGGGUGGAGGAGAUGCGUAAGAAGUGGCCGGUGGCGUGGGGCAAGCUGGACGAGGGCAGCAUCGGCGUGGUGUCGCCCUACGCCGACCAGGUAUUCCGCAUCCGCGCCGAGCUCCGAAAGAAGAGGAUGCACGAGGUCAGCGUGGAACGGGUGCUCAACGUCCAAGGUAAGCAGUUCCGGGUGCUCUUCCUGAGCACUGUGCGCACGCGGCACACCUGCAAGCACAAACAGACGGCCAUCAAGCGGAAGGAGCAGCUGGUGGAGGACUCGACAGAGGACCUGGACUAUGGCUUCCUGUCCAACUACAAGCUGCUCAACACGGCUAUCACUCGCGCCCAGUCCCUGGUGGCCGUGGUGGGAGACCCCAUAGCGCUCUGUUCGGUGGGCCGCUGCAGAAAGUUCUGGGAGAAGUUCAUCUCCAUCUGCCACGAGAACGCCAGCCUGCACGGCAUCACCUUUGAGCAGAUCAAGGCCCAGCUGGAGGCCCUUGAGCUCAAGAAGACCUACGUGCUCAACCCGCUGGCGCCCGAGUAUCCCCGCGCCCUGCGGCCCCAGCCUGCCCAGCACCCCCAUCAUCACCAACACCAUCACCAACACCCACACCCCCAGGGACACACGGCCAUCAAGCAGCCCCAGCAGCAGCAACCACAGCAGUCUCCCCCGAAGGGGAAAGGUCAACAUGCGAACCACACGGAGCACUUCCCACCUGAAGGAUUUGUUCAACCCAACCCCGCGGUGUUGAUGGGCAACACCAUCCGGGCGUUCACGCCGCCCUUAGGGGGCACACCUGGCGGCAUGGGCAAGUCCCCCAGUCCCGUGCAGAGGAUAGACCCCCACACGGGUGCCAGCAUCCUCUACGUGCCCGCCGUCUACGGAGGCAACAUGGUCAUGUCCAUGCCACUGCCCUCUGUCCCCAUCCAGCUGCCGUGGCCCGGCUACCAGAACCGCUUUGCCAUGGACCCACGCAUCAUGAGCCACCAGGCGGCCAUGGCCUACAACCUGAACCUGCUGCAGGCCCAGAACCGGGGCUCGCCCAUCCCCUACGGCGGAGUCACACACCCCUCCCCCUUGGGCAUGGGCCAGCAGACCAGUCCCGACAAGGAGCUUCAGGCUGAUUCCGUCAGAAACGGUAAAAUGGACGGGUGUGCAAAGUCCGAGCAGAGUCUGCUGCAGACACCAGAGAGGAAGACCUCGGAGAUGAAGGACAAACCGGGAGAGUGUGAUCCGGGCGGUGGUCGGAGUCUGGACUCUCAGACGGACGGACUGGGCUUCCCCAAUGCCAUGCUCCACCGCAAGGACAACUCAAGCCAAAGACCCCUUAACUACCACCUGGCGCCCCCCAACCCGGCCUUUGCCCCCCAUCCCGUGGGUCGGGCCUUCCCCCCACAGUACCCCGGCGUGUCCAGGCUCCCCUUUAGGGUGCCGACCCAGCACCCAGGUGGGGGCCCGGGCAUGGGCCAGCCUAACCAGCAUCACUCGGCCCAGCUAUCCCCAGCCUACGCCAGCGGCAGCCACAACCCCUCCUUCUUUGGUGGGGCCAUGGCCUCCCACAGGGGUGUGCCGGAGACUGAGGAGGAGGGGCCGGAGGAGAUUGGGAAUUCCAUCAGGUCCCAGAUGAGCCACCAGGUGGGGCACCACCCGGCCCUGUCGCAGCCCAGCCGAGUUAACAGCUUCGGAGAGGAGAACCAGGAAGGAGGCCUGGGAGAUGGGAUGGACUCCCUAACUCUGGAGGCCCUGAGCCAGCAGGCGCGGCUGGGCCAGUGGGGUGAGCCCGGGCCCUUCCUCCAGGGCGGUGUGGCCUUCCCUCUGCCCCAGCAGCUGGCCCAUCUGGCCCAGCCCGGCCUAGCCCGCUUCCCCCCUCAGCUGCUGGCACGGGCCAACUGGAGAAUGAGCGCCGGCAUGGAGGACGAGGCUGGCGGACCGCCUUUCACUAGGUUCCCAGGCCUCCUAAGAGAGAUGCCCCCCCAGGAUCAGCCCGAUCCCAGGGACCCGGUUGAGAUGCAGCCCCCUCCCCAGUCCCGCCUGCUCCAGUACCGCCAGGUCCAGUCCCGCUCUCCGGGAGACCCCUCCUCCCCCUCGUCUGUAACCUCCAACCACACCGGCCCCUUCCCUGGCCCCUAUCCCGGCCGAGACCCCACCAGCCACGAGCUGGAGCUCCUCAAUAACCCGGGUCUCCAUCAGCACCCGGGGAACCAGCUCUACAACCCCAACGCCUACCCCCACCAGCUGGGCAACUCCACUACCCCGCCCCCGCAGGUCAAGUACCUCCUCCAGGAGGCCCAGUGGCCUCACGGCGGAGCUGGCAUGGCCCAGAACCACAUGCUGGGCCAGGGCUUCCCCUAUGGGCUGCCCGUCAUGGCCCACCCCAGUAGACAGGAGCAGGUCCACCUCAUGCAGCUCCACCACCAGCAGCAGCAGCACCAACAGCAGCAGCAGGGUCAAGGCCCAGGCCAGGAGCCCUACCACCCUCUCUCCCCCAGAACAACAGGUGCCACCGCCCUUCACAAUGUAGAAGAGUAUGAACCCAGGGGUCCCGGGCGGCCCCUCUACCAGCGGCGGAUCUCCUCCAGCUACCCAGACGAGGGAUCCCCCGCCAACGCUGCCGCCUUGGCCCAGCAGCAGCCACAGCCCUGCCCGCCAGACCCCCAGGAGCACCCUCACACACACCAACACCCUCACCCCCACGCCCCCUACGGCUACCCCCCGCCCGAGCUAUGGCCCGGCAACGGGGGCGGCCCCGGCCCGUUCCAGAACAUUCCAUGCAACGGAGCCAGCACACUCAUUCAACACCGGGACCUCCUAGCUUCCAAGGCCCUGCGGCAGGCAGCAGAGGAGCAGAUGAAGGCUGAAGCGGCAGCAGCAGUAGCUGCGGCCCAGCCUCCCGCCCACUCCCUCCAGCACCUCGGACAGUUCCCCCCUCUCAUGCCCAACAGCAAGCAGCAGCAGCCGCAGGCCGCCCCAGAGCCCGGCCAAGUCUCUGGGGGCCCCCAAAACCCUGGCAAACCCCCCACCAUGUCCUACGCCAGUGCCCUCCGCGCCCCACCCAAACCCAGAGCUCGUCCCGAACAGGUCAAAAAGCACAGCGACCCACUUUCCCUUCUCCAAGAGCUGAGCAUAGGAAGUUCAAAUGGUAGCAACGGAUACUAUUCCUAUUUUAAAUGAGUUUCACCCCUGAGAAAUACCCCCUAGAAAAAUAUUAAGAAAAAAAACAUGUAAAAUAUAAAGAGAAAAAAAAGAUAAAUGGCAAAACUAAAAAAAACGGUACAAGUGCUUUUACAAAUCGUUUCUAUUCAUCGUUUUUGUUUCCCGCUUUUUUGUUUUGUUUUAAACUUUUAUUUGUAACAGUCAAAUCUUUCUUCUGUUUCACAUAUCUGACAUAAAAAAUAUAAAAAAAUAUGUAAAACAUAAGUAUAUAUAAUGGAUGCAUUACUGGUAUAUAUACAUACACAUUAUGUAUAUAUGAAUAUAUGCUUAUAUUAUGUACACUUAUAUAUGUACGUAAUGCACAAAAAAAAAAAGAGGAAAAAAAUGAACUAAAAUGAUUUUAAAAACACAAAAUUUGGUUGACCACUUGGCUGCCUGUCUGUUUUCCCUUUUUUUUUGUUUUUUUCCUUUAAAAAAAAAUGUUUUAGUGGAAUUCUAUGUCUUGAUUUUCAUCAUAGUUGUGUUAACAGGGAAAAAGCUAAGUGGUCAACUAAUUUCAUAUAAAAUAUAUGGAACAUUGUAUAGAAGUAGAUGCAUUUUCCUCUAAUCUGUACAUAUAGAGAAAAUAAAUGACCGAGUUGUAUGCCACAGACAUGUACCUAAAUUCCUGUAUCAUGUUAGAAUUUACAUUUAGACUUCAUUUGGUUUGCUUUUAAUCCUUAACCUUAGACAUUCUCACCUGAAAAUCAUCUUCAGUAACAGAUUAGUGGAGUAAAUGGGAUUUUUACAUACAUGCAAACACACACGAUUCAGAAUAAAACUAUUACUUUAUUAUACAUUUAUACAAAUGUGUUGGUUGCACGUCGAUUCCUUUAUUUCACUGGCCCCCUCUCGUUUAAAAGAUAAAAAUAGAGCAUAGAUGAUUGAUGAUAAGCAUGCAAAGCCGCAUCGAAGUGAGGUCUACUGUUGUCUGAUUCCAACUUGGAAAAACUAGUUUCAGGAAGAACCAUGGUACGCGUCCUCUGCCGUUUCAUCUGAGGCCCAAAGAUAGUUGUUCGAUUGGCUUUCCCAUUUGUCAGUUAACCACUGUCUUUGAAGUAGGCAUAUUGCGUGAUGGGGUUAAAUUCCAAAGUGUUACAUGUCCAAUCACAUGUCGACCAAACAUCUAAUCAGUUAAGCAAAACUGCAGAUAAAAAUGAGAAAGUAUGUUGAGAAUCUUGAGACAAACUGUAUGAAUGAGUGGCUGGGUAAACGUGGGUCAUAACUAAGGCUCGGCUGCUGAGGGAGUCUGAAGGUAUAGAGAGGGAUGACGGCCAAGUUUUAAAGAUUUUGAUUCACGUUGAGUGAGAUGUUGGGUCUACGUCAGUUAUCUCCUUGUUUUUCUUUGACCUACUUCAGAGCUUUACGGUCAUUUUAGAAAGGCUUGAGAAAGAUCCUGUCACCAACUUUCCCCAACAUUCCCUGGUAUUUCUGAAAUCCCGGUUUGACGUUUUCUGGAAUCAGCAAGGGAGUAAGCAACUAGGGAAUCGUCUGACUUGGAAUUCUUCAACCAGGAUUUCAAAAAAAUAAAAACUGGGAAUUUGGGGAAAUUUGCAACCCUAGACUAUUUUUUGCAACCCUAGACUUGUGUAGGACUUCAGCCCGAAAGAAUACCGUCUGGUUUAGACCAGCACUAUCAGUUACCAUUUGGUUCUGUCUUAUCAUCUGAGUUGUACUGGUACUGCAAUUAACAGUCUUUUUCACCGAUAUUCCAUGUACUCUUGUCAUCAGUGGACAUCACUUUUAGCUACCAACCUCUUGCUCUGAUUAGAUCGAUGCUUAGAUGACAGAACUCAUUCUGUCUGUUUGCCCUGGCAAUUUGCCUGGAAAUUUAGACAGAAAAAAAAGAUGAUGCUUUUAUUUUGACGACUCAAAAUGUUUCAAUUGUUAGCAAAUAAAAUGCAAUCAGUGUGGGUUAUUUUAACCACAACAUUUUUUAAAACUUGUUCAGGCGUUUGUAGGAUUUUUCUGACAUGCAUUCCCAUUCAGUGAUGUAUUUUGUUUUUAGGGUGACACGUAUCUUGUGAGUGAAAUCGAUUUGCAUUUUUGUAAAAUAAUUUGCUAACAACCAUCAAGCUGUCAAAUCUUUAUACAUUUGUAUGGUGUGCACACUCAAAAAAUAAAUGGCCUGUAGGAUAAAAUGAUAAUGACAAUUAUUGACGAUUAUCAAAUGCAAAUUUGUGACUGAUUUUGAUUGACUUGGUAGAUUAUUUUUUGUGUGUAAUAGCCACUGUUAUCACAUUUACUGGAAACCAUCUUCUCUCAACUUUUCAUUAUUCAUUUAUUUUUAAUUGAUUAAUCGUAUGUUUCAGUAUAUUUUAAUAAAAUACCCUUGGAUUCUAACUGGUACAUUUUAUGUAACUAUUUAGUCAUUCAUUUUAAUGUAUGAGCCCGUCAAUCAGAAGUUUAAUUUUUUUUUUUUUUUUUUUAAGAGUCAAACAUUGCUGUCAGCUAUUCAGGAAACAAAUCUAGUUGGAAUGAAAAACAUCUCUUAAACAUAGUUGAAACAAUCAUUCAAAACAUUUACGUGGGACUUCAGUUUAUUUGAAUUUUCCAAGGUCCAGAUUCAAGAGGUUGUGAAUUUUAGGUUCAUCACAACAAAAAACAUACUUGUAAAUAUGCAUUUUCUAGGUAUUAACAAACAAGGUUUAGGGAGUGCCUCAAUUUUGUAGAAGCUGUUUAAAAGAAGAGGUAUGCCCUUUUUAAUUAUGCAAAUUCACAAAAUCAACUCACAAAAAUGGACAUGGACCGUGUUGGCAGUCACAGCAUCUUAUAGUAAUAUAACUUUUUAAAUUCAUUUUUAUAAGAUGGUGUCUGGCUGCUUUUACAAAGUGUUUUUGUUGCAGGCAUAUAAAAUGUUAUUUUACUGUAGAAUACUUAUUUUUAAAAGCAAUGUUGCAGGAAUUAUUUGUCCUUGGUUCAGUUUUUCUGCUAAAUCCAUUUAAAAGAUAUUUUAAUUUCAGCGGUGCUUUGUGGUUCGACAAUUAUUUUUCAUGUAAGACUGUACAUUCAUUCUGUGCAUGCCAAGAUGACAUGGCUUGUUUAUGUCCCCGAUUUUUAUCAAAUAGUUUAUUGAUUUGUGCAACAACAAUAAAAAAUGUUUUUGUUCUCUCCCUA